CUUAAAGAUUUUAUUCCUGACAAGCAAGUCUUAUACAUGACACUGAACAAGUUGAACAAGGGAUCGAAGAAGAAGAAAGCAAGGGAAGGUAGUGAUCCACUUUUGUAUGAACCUCUCCCAGAGCCUUUCCUCUUGAAGGAAGGUUCACUAGAGUUCAUUCACCAUUGAGAGAGAGAGAGAGAGAGAGAGAGAGAAGCAACUCUUUGGUAUGAACCUCCCCCAGACUCUUUCUUCCCGGAGAAGGGUUCACUAGAGUUUAUUCACCUUGCUGGGGAAGUGCGAGGGAGAUUAUAAUGUUCACAUUCAGCAAGGAAGUGGCUGAUACCAUAUUCUGACUGGGAGGACUACAAGCUCUUUCACAUAAGAGCCUGUGUGGGUGUGUGAGUAAUCCCACAAGUCCAAACAUUCCGGGUUGUUGUUCUCUGGACACUUUCGUAACGUGAAUUUGUCUGGUGCGGUAUUACUGGGAAGAAACUGUAAGCAAUUUGGUGGUGGGUUGGUCAGGGAGCUUGAGGAGGAUGAAGGAGCUGGAUCAUGUUCAAACACAGUCUUUGUGAGUGCAUGAGAUGUCUAUGUUCCUAAAUGCUGGCGAAGAAAAGGAAUUCCAGGAAAAACUGCUAGGAUUCGGAAAGGGGGCUCCCACAAGGGGCGUCAUCAUAAAUCUCAAUGCCCCCUCAAGUCUGGGGGGAGGUGUGACAGUCCUGUAGUGGAGAACACACUUCUACACCUCAGCCCCUCCUCUUGAUUCUCCUGCUUUUCUGAUUGGCUCAAGUCUAGCCUCGUACACUUCCCCCUUUUCUUCAGCACACAAACAUUCUCCAACUUUCUCCUCCCCUCCUGCACUGUUGUUUUCUAGGAAACCUACAAGAGCUCUGGGCAAAACUGUUGUUUUGGCUGUUUUUCUUGGUUCAUUUGCGUGGGGAGCUCCAGUCCUAUUUCUCAACCUGCAGGAAUUGUGCUCAACCUCGCCUCUUUUCAAGGAAUUGUGCUUUGAGUUCAGAGGAUUUCUGAAAAGGAAUUUAUUAUCUCCUCCAAAAAAUGUUCCUCCCUUUGACAGAUGAUUGAAGUUAUCACUGUCCAAAACUGUGCGGGACUUCUAAAGUUUAUUCUUAGAGGACUGCACCACAACAAGCAAAGUUUGAACUGCUUUUUAAAGGAUCAGUGGACAAAUCACCAGAUACUGAGAUGCAGUGAAAGAAAAUAACGGCAGCUGAAGACAUCAUUCAACAUUGGGUCGAGAGUAGGAUCUUCUGCAUGCAGCAAAGAAAUGUGAUCACAUCUGCUUCUUCAGGCUUCUUGCAUGCUGCUUCUCACCUUUUGUGAAGAUAUUCCUGGUUAUCUGCAGAAAUCUCACCUCUUAAUUUUAAGCAAGGAAGAAUUAAGAGGUGAGAAGUAUUUUUGACCCAAGGGUUUAAAACACUUUAAAACAAGUUCUGGUGAAAGAUCGUUGUGGAUUUAUCUACUGGAUUUUAUGUUUCCUGGGUUGUGUUGCAGUUUCCUGUGGUGGUCAAGAGACGUGACACACCAGGACUUGAUGCACAGGCUGGAUGAUGACAGAUAGCAUGUAACCAGAAGGUUGAAAAGGUUACUGAAGUUCAUCUGAGAGCUACGCUGCAGUGCUUGAGCUUGGUCUCAACAUACCAACUAGAUAAAGUGUCCUCCAGGAAGAUAGAUCUUUGAUCUCCCUAAAGUAGCUGCCAUCAAUCAGCUGGGUUAACUACUGUAGUGGACGACUUUUGUGAACUUUUUUUAUUUGAACUGACAGAAAUGGUCAGCAUGGCGAGUGAGACAGAUUUGCUACGUGACUGGGAGACGGUUCAGCACCCUGAAGGUCUUCAGUAUUGUUGGACUUGGUGGGAAUGGGAGUUUGAGAGAGUUCCAGCAGUCCUAAGCCCCACGUAUAAGCAACGCAAUGAAGACUUCAGGAAACUCUUCAAGCAGCUACCUGACACUGAACGCCUCAUUGUGGACUACUCCUGUGCCCUGCAGAGAGACAUCCUCCUACAGGGUCGCCUCUACCUCUCCGAAAACUGGAUUUGCUUCUACAGCAACAUCUUCCGCUGGGAAACACUGCUGAUGGUGCGUCUGAAGGACAUCUGUUCAAUGACUAAGGAGAAGACAGCACGGCUUAUCCCCAAUGCGAUCCAGCUUUGUACUGACAAUGAGAAGCACUUUUUUACCUCAUUUGGUGCGCGGGACCGGACCUACAUGAUGAUGUUCCGUCUCUGGCAGAACGCUCUCCUGGACAAGCCGUUGUGUCCCAAAGAGCUGUGGCACUUUGUCCAUCAGUGCUAUGGAAAUGAGCUGGGCUUGACGAGUGAUGAUGAGGAUUACGUUCCUCCAGAUGAUGACUUUAACACCAUGGGCUGUUGCCCCCCACCCUGGUGCAGGUACUGUGAGGAGAUCCCACCUGAGGAGAACGAGGCCCAGGAUACGUGCACCAAAUCUCCCGAGGUCAAAAUGGACACGAGUCCUCAGCUGCCCAAGAAAUCCUUCACCAGCAAUAACCUACCUUCAACAGGCAGCGCUGAAACACAUGGCCAUUAUGAUGUUCCACCAGAGGAAGAGUUUUCUGGCUGUCUUCCUGACGAGCUCCUAAGUCUGCCUUUACCAGAUAACAAGCUGUCCAAGCCGACUGGCCCAGCACCCUCACCAUCGCUCGACUUCAACGACAACGAGGAUCUUCCGACUGAGCUCAGCGACUCGUCGGAAACCCACGAUGAUGGAGAAGUCCAGGCCUUCCAUGAAGACCUAAACGGGAAGCAGUACAUCAACAAGGUGUACAAGUUCAGUGUGGACAAGCUGUAUGAUCUCCUCUUCACCGAAUCACAGUUCAUGCGGGACUUCCUGGAGCUACGCCGCUUCUCUGGCGUGGUGUAUCAUCCGUGGAAGAAGGAAGAGUUGGGAGACCAGAGCAGAGAGAUCAUGUACACCAUCACCAUCACCAACCCCUUGGCUCCAAAAACCGCUACAGUCACAGAGACUCAGACUCUGUACAAAGCCAGCCAGGAGAGCGAGUGUUACAUCAUUGAUGCCGAAGUGAUCACUCAUGAUGUCCCUUAUCAUGACUACUUCUACACGCUCAACCGCUACAUGCUCACCAGGGUGGCUAAGAACAAGUGCAGACUGAGGGUUUCCACCGAGCUGCGCUACAGAAAACAGCCUUGGGGUCUCGUCAAGGGCUUUAUCGAAAGAAACUUCUGGAGUGGCCUUGAUGAAUAUUUCAGACAUUUAGAACUGGAGCUGAGUAAAGUAGAAACCGUUCUAAACGAACCCCACAGACCUUCUCCCAAAGCCAAAGUGACUCGCGUGUCCACAGUGAGGCGACACAGGAAACGGGCGGCGGCUCACCUGAGGCCACAGCACCUGGACGAGGAGCUGAGUGCCGUCACCACGGCCGAGGACGACGAGGUCAUCCACCGCAUCAAACACGUGCCAGGAUCCACACAGACGCGGCACUUCCCCGACCCGGCCGGAGGUCUGGCGCUCUACAGCGUCUCCAAACUGCUGCUUGUUAUCAGCUUCAUCCUGGUGCUGCUAGUUCUACUCAACAUGAUGCUGUUCUAUAAGCUCUGGACGCUGGAGCAGACCACGCAGAGCUUAGCGUCACUGCAGGGCCUCCGAGCGCAUGACAGCAGUAAACUUCCACAAACGCAGAUGGAGUGGGCUCAGCUCCUGGAGUCGCAGCAGCGUUACCAUGACGACGAGCUGGAGAAGUGGCGGAAGAUAAUCAAGUCGUCUGUGGUUUUGUUAGACGAGAUGAGAGGAUCUCUACUGAACCUGCAGAAGGGAAUCGGAAUGAGAGACGACGGCUCGGCAGCCGACGACAAGCGGAAACAUUACCACUGACCACCAGGAGCGAAGACCUCGGGCCAAACAGACGCACCGUGCAAUAAUAAGAGUGCGGAGUGGGGAACCUUGCGGAACUGCCGCACUCCUCUCCUGUCCAGCGCAGCUCCAUGAGCACUGAUUUGCAAAAAUGAACCGUCUAAACCCCAGAUCUACCUGAUCUCCAGGGCCAAAAAUGACUCCUGAGUCAUAUGUUUGUUCAUUCAUUCAUUCAUUCAAGGACUCGUUUGAGUGUUAAACGCACACACAUCAGCAUCUCAGCUGCACCACCACCACCAAAACCCUCUUUGUUUUUUUCCCAUACAGGAGUCCGGGACCAGGUUAACCUUUAACCUAUUAUCUCUAAGUGUUACUUGUGAACAUGCACAGACAGAAGGAUGUGGAAAUCAUAUACCGAUGACACACAGAUUUCUAAUUUAUAAGUAGAGCUAUAUUUGUUGCCAGAGCUACCUUUUUACUGAGGCUUCCAUGGAAAUCAGGGCUGGACCCCAGAGUGCUUGUGCCAUGGUGCUAAUUAUGCAUAAAUGUCCACGUUAUGCAGUUCCUGGUUUAUUUCCGUCUGUCUGUAGAGUCGCUUCUUUCUCUAAUCCAACAUUUUGUUGUUGCCUGGAAACGGGAAAGGCCAAACGGUCAAGGUGUUAGUGGGGAAACAGGAAACAUGACGGAUUUCCUCAGAAAUGCUGGACUGUAUUUCAUUUUGCACAAAACUGCAUCUGUUUGUCGUCUAUUUCAUUUUUCUGUUCUUUUUUUUUUUUCAUUUGCUCACGAUUCUGAUUUGCCAAUUUUAUUUAUAAUCUUUAUCCAUUAUGUUUUUUUGUUUUUGUUUUUUUUAUUCAUAGAGUCGGUCUAUUCGUGAAAAUCUUGGCAUGUGCUGAAAUUUCGUAACUUUUAUCGUAACUUGCGAAAAAAAAAUCGUACAAUUUUUAUUUACCAGACAAAGGCAGCUAUUGAGCUGUCUCAUAAUUCCCUCAUAUUUGGAGGCAGUGCUCUGAUAUCUCUGAAGGUAGCAAAAAAAAAAUCUUUUGAAGGAGUCAGAAAUUUAUCACAUUGCUAGGUUACCAACAUAUGCUUAACGCUAGCUAACCCUUAACCCUGUUAGCUCAGAUGGAGUAAAGUAUCACUGGAGAAAGUAGAGGAAAUAAAAUCUCAGGUCGAAAAUAAUUCCUGAAUCUGUUUGGACAGUGGAGUGAGUGGAUUAAUUAACGCUCUCUGAUAUGUUAUUGUUUCUAUAGUAACGGCUUGUUUAUGGUUAUUUUUAAGGGUUUAUACAGCGAGUUUAAUUUUCUCUCGUUAACUAAAAAAACGAGGCUGCUGUAACGUAAGCGAGAACAUUAAACCGUUUCCUAAUAAACCGAUUAGCGUCACAUGCCUGGUGCGGAUUAGCGACAUUUUCUUUCCUGCAUUCUUUUCAUUUAGUUUGUUUUGUUUUCAUGCUGCCUUGCUGGAGUGGGAGGAGUAAACUGUGAAAUGCAAAGAGAAAAAAAAAACGCUAGGUAGAACCAGAGAAGGUUGAGAAGGGAUUUAUUUUCAGUAUUAUAUUCUCAGAAAGCCGUCUGUUUGAGCUCCUUCUUCAUUUAUUUAUCUGCGGUUUUCUUUGAUCCAAAUCCGACUCCAAACUGUUGCUUGCGGCUUCGCUUGCGGCACAGGGAUCCAAACCUACAACCUUCUGAUAACUGAAACUUUUCUCCUGAGCCUUUUUAUAGAAGCUGUGAAGAUUUCUCCAGGCCCAUGCCGACAGAUACAGACAAAUCUCCAAUAAAUAUCUAACACAUGGCUUGUCUGAUUGAAUCGGGUGUUUAAUUUAUUAAUAAUAAGCCAUGUUUUGUCUGGAGUCAGUUUUAAUUUAGUUUUAUUUUUUUUGGGGGGGGGGGGGGCUGAGUCCGCCCACUUCAUCUACUUCAUCGGGUCUUUGAAUAGUCGUGGCCGAGACUGUUAUGGAUCAGUUCAUGAGAGUAAAAUAAAUAAAUAAAUAAUAAUAAUAAUAUUAAUAAUCGGUUUAGUUAAUCAGAAGGAGCUGCUUAAUGAAUGCCAAAUAUCCUCCUCAAAUAUCCCCCGAGUUUUAAUCCAUCCUUAAUCACUCUACACCAAACCCGAAACCUGGAAAUCCUAUUUUUUUUUUGUUUGCUUUUUGUUUGUUUUUUGUUUGUCAUUUGAUCCUACGAAAGUAUAUACAAGAAGUAGCUACAAAAAAGUAUUAUGGCAUUGUAUUGCAAACACGGCUUCAAAUCUUUAACGUUUUUUAUUAUUAUGAUUACGAUUAUUUUAAUCGACAUAUAUGGAGAUGAAUUAUUUAUACGAAUAUUAUCAUGGAUGUACAUGUUGUAUAUGUAUAGUUGCUGUGUAUAUGGAAAAUGGGCUCCAGCGCAUCGCUGGUCGAGAGCUGGCAGUCCCCAGAAGAUUUCAGAGAUUUAUGUGAACAAAACAGGCGAGAUGAAUAAAGAUAUUUAAGAGAUCUGA